AUGGUCCAAGGCAAUGAUACCCCAACUUCAGAAUUUCUUCUCCUGGGACUAUCGGAGGCACCAGAACUGCAGCCCGUCCUAUUUGGCCUGUUCCUCUGCAUGUACCUGAUCACUGUGUUAGGAAACCUGCUCAUCAUCCUGGCCGUCAGCUCAAACUCCCAUCUCCACACCCCCAUGUACUUCUUCCUCUCCAACCUGUCCUUGGUAGACAUCUGUUUCACCUCUACCACCAUCCCAAAGAUGCUGGUGAACAUUCAGACACAGAACAAAGCCAUCUCCUAUGCAGGCUGCAUCACACAGGUGUACUUUUUUCUAUUGUUUGGUGUGUUGGACAACUUCCUCCUCACUGUGAUGGCCUAUGACCGAUUUGUAGCCAUCUGUCACCCCCUGCAGUACACUAACAUCAUGAACCCCCAACUCUGUGGACUGCUGGUCCUGAUGUCCUGGAUCACGAGUUCCCUGUAUUCCUUGUUGCAAAGCUUAAUGGUAUUACAACUAUCCUUCUGUGCAGACUUGAAAAUCCCUCACUUUUUUUGUGAACUCAGUCAGAUGAGCCAACUUGCCAGUUCUGACACCUUUCUGAAUGACAUGGUGAUGUACUUGGCUGCUGGGCUGCUUGCUGGUGGUCCCCUGGCUGGGAUCCUUUACUCUUACUCUAAGAUUGUGACCUCCAUAUGUGCAAUCUCAUCAGCUCAGGGGAAGUAUAAAGCAUUUUCCACCUGUGCAUCUCAUCUUUCAGUUGUGUCCUUAUUUUAUGGUACAAGCCUAGGUGUGUAUCUUAGCUCUGCUGGUACUCACAGCUCACCAUUAGGUGCAAUAGCCUCAGUGAUGUACACUGUGUUCACACCCAUGCUGAACCCCUUCAUCUACAGUCUCAGGAACAAAGACAUAAAGGGGGCUCUGAAAAGAGUUUUGGGGAUGGCAAGUACAAAGGGGACAAUUGUGCUCAUGCUCAAAAUGUGA